UCGUCCAAAUCUUUAAAUUUGUUGUCAGAAAUGACAUUUGACAGAGUGUAAUGUUAAACAAUAUUUUUGAGAAAUUGUAAAUUGGUGUUUUGCAAUAAAAUGAAUUCGACAAGUUUGUACGUGACGACCAACCAGAUAAUCUUGAAGUCAAACCCGAGCAACCCAACCACUUGGCAGGACUUGUAUCGUCUAGUGCCGUACUUGCGGAAUUCUUUAUGUUGUGUUGUUUGUGGAAAUUUGUUAGUGGACCCUUUAACUCCAACUGUGGGCCGUUGUCAGCACCACCUCUGCAGACGAUGCAUCGGUGGCCGGAAGAAAAUAAAACCGGCAUGUGCGUGGUGUAAAGACUGUAGUGAUUAUACCGACAAUAAACAUUUACGGAUUCUCCUCCAGUGUUACAAGAAAAUGUGCAUAGCUUUAGUGAAAUCGGGUAUAUUUAAGGGACUGUUGGAGCAAGCGGCCAAGACGCAGACCGCCACGGGGGUCGAGCGGGGCGCGGGGAAUCUAAUAGGGCUGAUUAAGGAGGGCGCAGCCUUCCAGGACGAUUACGAGAGCAAAGGGGGGCUUCCGAAGUCCACCUACAGCAUCCUACCGUGUGUGUACACGAACUCCUCCACGCAAACACUCCAAUUGUCCAACGUAACCAAUUCUAAAAACGUGAUUAACUCUGAUCUGAACAAGAACAGGACUUCCUUGUACUCGGUUAUGUACGCUGGCACCGGCAACAAAAUCACUAUCAAGCGAAAAUCAAAAGAAAUCACUGAAAGUAAACCAAAGACACUCCAAGUCAAAAAAGACCUGACCGAGAAGUCAGUUUUUAAGAAACCACCAGCUAAAUGUUCAUCAAAGCCAAAAAGAGGUUGCAGAUGUGGAAACGCGACUCUAACGCCUGGGAAGCUGACGUGUUGCGGCCAGAGAUGCCCCUGUUACGUCGACAGCAAAGCCUGUGUUGAAUGUAAGUGCAGAGGUUGUCGCAACCCACACAGACCAGACGGAAACAAAGUCAGGCCUCUUGUACCUCAAAUGCAACAAGUACAAUAUCAAUUACCUCAAAAUUGCUCUCAACCAGUCAUAGAACAACAAUUAUCUAAUCUCGAGAUAGAAAAUAUCAAUGUGGACUCCCAACGCACCUACGACCGCCUCAACCAACCAUACACGACAUUCAAUGAUGAGGCCGACGACGAUGAAGAUGCACUCAACGAAGACUCGGAAAUUGUGGUGGACGUUUGACCUUUGAAACUUGAAAUUUUUCUCACGUUUAGUUUCGCUCGAAAUAGUAAAAUAUUUUUGUAUUUAAUACAGCAAUAUGUCCGUACAUUCAAGUCUCUAGACUCAUAGGAGAGAGAUGGACUGCUGCUUAUUUCUUACUUCUAAGUUUAUAGACAUUUGUGCAAAUAAAUUCUCAAUACACUGAA